AUGACCUGCCGGCGGUGGGUCUGCAAUCUCAGCGAUAAGAAGGGAGCUAUUCCGCUGAAGGAUGUGGGUUCGGUGCGGGCGGAGGACUACAAGGACAAGAAGCACUGCUUCAAGGUGAUGACCUCGAGCCGCUCGUACUACAUCAUAGCGACGAGCCACGAGGAGAUGAAGGGCUGGAUCGACAGCCUCACACACGAGCGGAAGAAGUUUGGCGAGACCUCGCACGAGCGCAUGAAGAGGAGCGGAUACAACCCUCCGGCCCUCGCCGCCAAACAGGUCACAGUGGAGGACUUCGAAACGCUAAACGUGAUCGGAAGCGGCGGCUUUGGUAAGGUGUACCAGGUCCGCUACAAGCCCACGGACCAGAUCAUGGCGAUGAAGGUGCUCAACAAGAAGUCCAUCGUGGAGGCCGAUGAAGUGGUCAAGCUUCGGACGGAGAGGAGCAUCCUCACCAAGCUCGACAGUCCCUUCCUCGUCAAGCUCCACUUCUCCUUCCAGAACCCGAACAAAAUAUUCUUUGCGAUGGACUACAUCAACGGCGGCGAGCUGUUCUUCCAUCUGCAGCAGCAGGAGCGAGGAUUCACGCCCGAGCGGGUCAAGUUCUACGCUGCCGAGAUUCUUCUCGGUGUCGAGUAUCUGCACACGAAAGGAAUCAUCUAUCGCGACCUCAAGCCCGAAAAUGUGCUGAUCUCUGCGGACGGCCACGUGCGGAUGACCGACUUUGGCAUCAGCAAGGAGGGCCUCAACGCCAAGGACGACCGCACCGCCACCUUCUGCGGCACGCCCGAGUACCUGGCACCGGAGGUCCUCGAGGGCAAGGAGUACGGCAAGGAGGUCGACUGGUGGUCCUACGGCACCCUCGUCUACGAGAUGCUGGUCGGCGUUCCGCCCUUCUACUCCGAAGACGUGCAAGUCAUGUACCGCAAGAUUCUGAAUGACCCGGUUGACGUGAAGGCCAUCAAGGAGAGGGACCCGGACCCUGCGGCGGCGGACCUUAUCCAGGGCCUCCUGGAGAGGAAUGUCCAGAAGCGUUUGGUCGACCCCGAGGUGCUGAAGAAGCACCCCUACUUCGCCAGCAUCGAUUGGGAGAAGCUCAACAGACUCGAGAUCACCCCUCCCUUCGUGCCAGCGGUCAAGGGCGACGACGACACGAGCCAGAUCGAUCCGACCUUCACCAGGCAAAAGCCAGCGCUGUCGAUCGCCGGCGAGGAUGUGCUCAGCAAGACGGCCCAGCAGCAGUUCAUGAACUUUACGUGGGUCGCCGACUCAGAGCUAUCUCUCGACAAAGACUAA